CCAGCUUUCCAGCGUGUUCGGGCCAAUUACUAUGCCGCGCUAUGCUUCUUGAUGGAUAUUUGUCAGCGCCAUGACGCUCAGCUCGCUAUCUCCACAGACCGAACACGCUCCUUCUGCUUCCAGGCUGUCAGCAUCCUGGUCGGGGAUGCGUAUGAAAAAUUUGCUGGAAAUUUCGUCCCUCGACACUCCCAGAAUUCAUUCCUUUCAAUGUUGGUAAACGACAUUUCCGCUGGAAAUCAUCCAGUCAUCCCCAUUUCUGCACUCAGUUUGUUGAAUAUCCUGUUGAAGUUCGACCGAUCAUCCGGUCGGGCUCUUGACAUCCUUACGAGAGACGGCUUUCUUCAGACCCUAGUGGACAGUAUCUGUGACGACCUAGCUCCUCUCCAGCAGUACUUCCUUCGUGAUGACCCUGCACCAUACGGCGGCCCCACAGGUGAAGAUGCCAGAUCACUGCAAGAGGCCACUGCGGCUUUCUACGUCUAUCAAGCAAAGAUGGCCUUCUUGUCUCGUUUAAUCUCCAUUCCUCAGGGCGCCAAGGAGGUAGCCUGCACAAGGCGUCAAACCACCACCUCGAACUCUGUCGUUACCUGGCUUGACUCCUAUGAGCUCACACGCUUCCUGUUCUCCCUCAUGGCAACUGAGGGUGUUCAGUCAGUUCCUAGCGAUGACUCAACGCGAACCAAUGGCUCUCUUUCCGCUGCUGUCGACUACGCCUCGUUGGCUGACUCUGUACCGGUCUCGGACCUCUUAUCCGGCAGUCGUGCGCAGGGCACUGGAGAGACCAGCGAUAUGACCUGGCAGGGCAUCAUUAUGCCCACUCUUUGCUUCAUCAAGUCUCUCCUCUUUGCUGUCGGUCCGCACCACAGCUCCUGCAUCCAGGAGACUUUGCGUUUCGUCUCUGCCCACUCGGACGCACUCCUGACAACUAGCGCCAGCAGCCGCGCCUCUAUUCUUAUAUCUAGCGCCGCGCUGCCUGAAGCCAGUGACACGGACACUAGCGCCCUUUUCCAACCCAUCUGCGACUGGCUUAAGGGAGAAGAGUGCAUUGUUUCCUUGCUGGUAGUAUUGUUGCGGUCUCGCCCUCCGCCCAAUCUCUCCGAGACCCUCUUUGAAAGGUGCUUUUUGGCAACCGGGGAGACUCAACUGCUUAACCUGCUUCUCAGUGCUUGGGUAGCGGCCAUCUCAACGGAGGAGAACUUUGUUCAGUUGCAAGUAACAUUCUCGAAAAACAUGACCACUUCUGUCAUCCCCGCCAGCCUCUCUGAAUCUACCGGUGGCGAUACUGUCUGUUCCGCGGGCACCAGUCCCAACUUCAACUUCCUCCUACAACUGGUCACCUGGUCCGUGGCCCGUCUUCACCAACUGGAGACUGUUAUUACCUCCAUUGGUCGACUUCUGUCGCCUAGCGCUGACUCGGAGGACUGCAAGCCAGCGAAGGCGGGAACCUCAAUCGAUAGACUUUUACACUUUCUGGUUCUGCUUCCGGUUUCCCCCACUUCCGAUGAUGAAGACCUAUCGGUAGACAGUCUCCAGCAGAUUGCUACUAGUCUGUUCAUCUCGCGGCCCUUGGCCCCCGGAAAUUUGUUGCAAAACAACAGUUCUCUCGGACUCGAAGUCGAACGGCGCCACAUCCAUCUACGACGUCUCGUUGGUGUAGGGAGCAGCCUUUUGCAAAACCAACUUGUCACUAUUGUCGCUACCCUCGAACAGGCCAUCUACCUGCUGUGGAAACACCUUGCGUUCUACUUCGACAGCCAGGACGGUGCUGAUCCGGCAGCUGAAGUUGCAGCUGAUAUAAAGCCCAGUGCCGUGUCGAAGUGGAGUCAUCCAGACUCAUUGCGUGGCCGUAAUUUGGCGAGUGGACUAGGCACUUCCCCCCUGUCCUCUGCUGCUGCUAUUGCUGCACGAUCCAAGACCGAAGAGGCUGAUCGGAUUGCUCAGGCCAAGUAUAUCUUACGCCGCCUCAAUUUUGACUUUCUGGAUAGCAUUUUACAAGCCUCUAAGGCUGUCUACAUCGGCCCAACCGACCAACUCUUCUUGCAAGUUAUGGUGCGCAAAUUGGAGCGUGUUAGCCAGCUUGCAGCGAAAUUCACUGUUGGGGCUAAGUCAUGA